AUGAAAUUUUUUUCACAAUACCUGAUAAUACGACUCUUGUGGUCGUAUUGUUUCUUAACUACUGCAGUGAGUGCACUGCCGCCAAUAUUCCAGAAACGGUUCGAUAAUAGUACUUUAAUAAGUACAAAAAUAUCCCCUGACCAAUUGACCUACACGAGUGAGUACACAAAUGUUCCAAACUUAAUCGGCGAUGUGCUGACAUCUGCUCUCACCACUUCAAGUGGAAUGGUGUCUUCAGUUUCACAAAUUAUAAUAAUAGACACUUCCACUGGAGCCUCGGCGUUAACAACAAGUAAUAAUAUAGUGCCGUCUUAUGUGCAAGUAGGCAGUAACUUUGAGCCGACAACUGCUGUGAAUACAGAUACAGCUGUCUCUGCGGUUUCGCAAGUAUACACAAGCAGACCUGCUGCGAAGUCCAAAGUGAGUUCCGUAGUCAAUACUAAUACAAUUAUUUAUGCAUCAUCAUCGUCGUCUUUACCUGGAGUAAGUACUACGGACAUAAUACUUAAACACAGUUCAAUAGAUCCUAUAGAAGUUGUAGACCCAACCUCUACUUCAAGAACCAGUUUGACUACAGUUGCCAUUACAUUAUCUAGUGAUACCGAAAUCCUAGCAUCAUCAACUUCUGCAUCAACUUCAAGCUCUGUGACAAGUAUAUCGGCUCUGCCAACUACGACAACUUUACAAUUUUCAAAUCACGAGGCUACCACUACAGGCAGCUCUACCCCCAGAACAGAUUCUAUGUUCUUAUUAACACCAUCGGAUACUACAUCGAUGACGAGUUCAAGUAUAUCAACAACGAGCUCAAGCACAUCUGCAACUAGUUCAACCACAUCAACAACGAGCUCAGGUACAUCAAUAUUGAUAACAGGUACAUCGACGACGAGUUCAAGUACAUCAAUAACCAGUUUAAGUACAUCAAUAACGGCUCCAAGUACAUCUACAAUGAAGUCAGAUACGUCUACAACGAGCUCAGGUACAUCAACAUUGAUCUCAGGUGCGUCUACAGCGAGUGUAGGUAUAUCUACAAUGAAGUCAGGCAUUUCAAUGACAAGCUCAAGUACAAUAUCAAAUUCUUUCUCCUCAUCAGUAUCAAAUACACCUCUAACAUCUAAUAAUCAAAAAUCUAGUCACUCCGGUAUCACUUAUAGUUCUACCACAAGCACUAAAACUAUGACCGAUUCAAGUUCAGCUGAAAAAGAUUCUACAGUUUCAAAAUCGGUAAUAAGUGUUACUACUAUAUUGUCAUCUGGCGCUUAUUCGACUGGUUCUACUUCAGCAACUAGUAUCAGUUCACCAGACCAAUCAAAAACAGUUAUCAUAACCUCUGAUACAACGAAACAGUUGACAACAACAAAAUUAUCUUCUCGUUCGACAUCUGUUACCGUUUUAGUUGGAAGUUAUUCGAAUUCUGUAACUGACAGCCCUGAAGCUACAUAUUCAUCAAUAAUGUCAGAAGAAAUACCAAACGAUGCCACUGCUAUUAUUACCAAGCCUAUAACGGACUCUCAGGCAUCCGAGGUAUACCUAACAAGAUCUUUUGAUUGGCUUCCUUCUGAAAUUGCUAUUCAAAGCGAUUCAACUGCAGAAUCGAUGGAACCAUCUUUUUUAAUAGAUACUUCUGGCUUACCAAAUAUUAUCACUGCACCUACCGCAAUUACAAUUCCUUCAAAUACAACACUAAUAACUGUUGCCUUCAAGAGAGAACUAAAUUAUGCUUUCUUGGUUAAUAACUUUUAUUCAUCAGCACAAAUAUUUAACUUCCUUCCAAUAAUAAUAAAGCAUCCGUUCACUGCAUUAGUUAGUGAAUCUUGCAAUGAUGACUCAGUGUGUUCUCCACUAUUCACUGAGUACAUAUUGAAUAGUUACGCAUCGUCCGCGGCUUCGUCGAUGUCAACUUCUUCAGUUAAUAAUGUGGAUUUUCAAAGUGGAGGGAAGCAUAGUGUUAACAUAAAUUUAUCAUUACACUCAACAAUUGUGCAAACAGCGAUUUCUCCAACUGGUUUUCAAACUAAUAUGACAUCACAAAUACCAUCCCUUGCUAAAAAAGACCUCAGUAAGAAUGCUUCUUUACAAAAACAAGAGAUCUCCAUGGAUAUUACUGUUGCUAGAAUCAUUCCCUAUAUUGUACAAAACAAUAAAUAUAUAAUUUCAAUUGCAGAAGUUUAUGUCCCAAAUGAAAUUGUUGAAACAUUACAGGAAUUAAUAUUAAAUCCUGCUUCAUCUUUUUAUAAUUCAGAAAGUUCCAGUUUAAAAACAUUAGCAUUUUUAAUUGAUCCUAAUAUUCCAUUGACAGGUAUGCUGGAUAGCAAUGGUAAUCUAAUAAGCGGUGGUUUGAGCAGCUCUAAUGGCAAUAUUCAAAAUUCUUCUACAAAACAUUCUCAUGGUUCUGGGAUCUCCGAUAUUUCUAGCCAAACGCUGAAGUUAGGGACAUUGGACUCAUCUGCAUAUAAAGGACUCUCAACUAAUUUAAAGAAGCGUCUUUCAAUUUUUAUUGUAUGCUUCACAGUCGGUGCAGUUUUGUAUAUUCAACUUUCAUUAUUUGGAUUAAAUUUCAUGUAUAAAAAACUAUCGAUGAAAGCGGAUCCUGAAUCCGAUAAGUCAAGUUUACCCCAAUAUCAUAUUACCAGAGAUAGCACAUCUAAUAUAGAAGGGAGGAGCUCGAAAUCAUUUAGUACUCCUUCUAAUCCUUUCUCUGAUAAAUAUCAAAAAUCAAGCAGCGAUUCGUCGAAGUCAAUUACACUCCCUGGAAAAGCAGUCUACAACCGUUCACAAGAUAUGACAUAUUUGGUUGAUGAACAAGGAAAUUUCUAUUACACCAAUUUAGAUAACGUACAAGGUCGUACAGUCCACAUUAUGCGCACUCCGGAAGGGAGCAUUUAUUCAAAGGAUGUUUCAUACAAUAAAUAUGUUUAUGAUUCUAACAAUUCGACCUCUAAUACAUAUUUGGAUGACCAAUAUCAUGAAAAUACUGUGAAUAAGGGAGAUGACUUAGAAAUCACAUAUCCUGAUUUCUUAUUGAAUGAAGUCAAAGAAUCACAUACAAAUAUUAUUGAAAAUGUUAAACGCUUUAAUAAUAAUGGUUUGUAUAAAAUGAUACUCCCACUUGGAACUUCAGGCACCGAUUCAGAAACUCAUAAAGGGUCUGCCCAGGAUAAUCUGAAGCGACACUUUGAUAACUAUCAAGGUGAUACCAAUUCAUGGAAUCAAUACGAUGCCGUGGAUGACAACAGUAGCUUUAACUUUGAUGAUCAUACCUAUCUGAAUAAUGCAACCUCUUCAGUUGCUUGCCAAGGUAAUACUAAUAUCACUUAUGACCAAUCUUCUGUCUCUGAUAUUGAAGAUGAUGAAGUUAAUGAUGUUCAUGUUGGAGAACUUGAUGAACUUGAUGAAGAAAUUUACAAAAGGAUUACAAGAAAUCUAAGCAGAAAUGAAUUUAUCAACAACAGGAGAAAUAUUAAAAAGAUUCUGACCAACAAAAGUUGA